AUGGCUAUUACCAUAACAUUUGGUCCUAAUGGCCAUUAUCACGUCAAUAAGGGUACAGGAGAUGAACAGGGUCCUGAUUUCCACUUCUUGCCUAUUUCUGGGUCAACAAAGCUUCGUCGCAUGCUAAAUGAAACGAAUGAAUUGAUUGUUUGUCCCGGUGUCUAUGACGGUCUGUCAGCACGUAUUGCCAUGCAGCUUGACUUCAAAGCGCUUUACAUGACCGGUGCAGGUACUACGGCAUCACGAUUAGGAAUGGCUGACCUCGGUCUCGCUCAACUGCACGAUAUGAAAACGAAUGCGGAAAUGAUUGCUAACCUCGAUCCUAACGGUCCGCCGUUGAUUGCUGAUAUGGAUACUGGAUAUGGAGGACCUCUCAUGGUGGCCAAAUCCGUACAACAAUACAUCCAAGCCGGCGUGGCUGGAUUCCACAUUGAAGAUCAAAUGCUCAGUAAGCGAUGCGGGCAUCUAGCCGGAAAGAAGGUUGUUAGCCAGGAAGAAUACCUCACGCGGCUUCGUGCUGCCAAAUUUACCAAGGACCGACUUCAGUCAGACAUUGUUCUCAUUGCUCGGACCGAUGCACUGCAACAACACGGAUAUGAAGAGUGUAUCAAUCGACUUAAAGCGGCGCGCGACCUUGGUGCUGACGUUGGCCUACUGGAAGGAUUCACAUCAAAGGAGCAGGCCCGUCAAGCCGUCCAAGAUCUAGCCCCCUGGCCGCUUUUGUUGAACAUGGUGGAAAAUGGUGCUGGUCCUGUAAUCACGACACAUGAAGCUAAGGCGAUGGGGUUUCGGAUUAUGAUCUUCUCUUUCGCCUCAUUGGCACCGGCUUACAUCGGCAUCAAAUCUGCUUUGGAGAGACUCAAAACCGAAGGUGUGGUAGGCACGCCUGAGGGUCUCAGUCCUAGGAAGCUGUUUGAGGUCUGUGGCCUGUCGGAUUCAAUGAAAAUCGACGCUGAUGCCGGGGGACUCGCCUUCACCAAUGGAGUGUAA